CUUUACUCUAAUAAUAUCAUCAUACACACAGACACACAGUGGUAAAGAAAAAAAAAAAAGAAAAAGAAAGAGAAGAACAAAAACAAAAACAGCCCACUGUGGUGUUUGGUGUUUUUUUUUGCCCUUUCUCUCUUCCAUCUCUCUUCUUUCCUCUUUGCUUUCAUUUUCUCUUUCUAUCUCUCUCAUCUUUCUCUUUUUACUUUCUCUCUCUUCACUCUGUUCACAAAACAAAGCAGCAGAAAAGUGACCCCCAAAGAUUAGGGCUAGGGUUUUUAUCUUCACGCUCAGCUUGAAAAGGGAAGAGACCCCUCUCUCUCUUGCUCCCAAAUCAACUUGGGGAAGAGAGAAGAAUUACACAAGUUAGGGCUUUUUUUUUGGAAGACCCUUUUUCUCUCUUGGGGUGGGGGUUUACAGUAAUGGGUCGUCGUUCUUCUGUGAUAAAAUGGUACCAUUUGAAGCUCUUGAUUCUCAUCUGGCUCUGCUUUAUUCCUUCCAAAGAUGCGGUUUUUGGGUCAGAUUUGGACAAAUCAGCUCUCCUGGACUUCAAAGCCUCUGUUUUGGACUCCUCUGGAGUGCUCUCCAGCUGGGAUUCCACCGCGCGUCCUGAUCACUGCUCUUGGUUUGGUGUCGCCUGUGACGCUACUUCUCGUGUUGUGGCCUUGAAUAUCAGCGGUGGAGGUAAUUCGGGUUCUCUCUCUUGUGCUAGAAUUUCUCAAUUUCCGCUGUAUGGGUUUGGGAUUAGAAGGGCUUGUUCAGAUAGUAAUGUUAAGAUUUCGGGUAAAUUGCCGUCUUCUGUUUCGAAACUCUCUGAGCUUCGGUAUUUAUCGCUGCCUUUCAAUAAUUUGAGUGGUGUAAUUCCUGCUGACAUUUGGGGGAUGGAAAAGCUGGAAGUUCUUGACCUUGAAGGGAAUUUCUUGUCUGGGUUGUUGCCACGUGACUUUGGUGGUUCGAGGAACUUAAGGGUCCUCAAUUUGGGGUUCAAUGGGAUAGGAGGGGAGAUUCCAGACUCGCUUUCCAACUGUUCGAGUCUGCAGAUACUGAACCUAGCUGGAAAUGGUUUUAAUGGAACUAUGCCAAGUUUUAUUGGAGGGUUUAAAGAUCUGAGAGGGCUUUACCUGUCAUUUAAUCAGCUUAGUGGGGCGAUUCCAGAGGAUAUUGGGCUUUGCUCAAAGCUUGAGCGUAUAGAAUUGGCGGGUAAUGUACUAACUGGAGCUAUACCUAAAAGUUUGGGGAAUUGUAGAGGGCUGAGGUCGCUAGUUUUAUAUUCAAAUAUGUUGGAGGAGGUCAUUCCAGCAGAUCUUGGUCAGUUACAGCAGCUUGAGAUUUUGGAUGUUUCAAGGAACAGUUUGAGUGGGAAAAUUCCAUCCGAACUUGGGAACUGUCCCAAUUUAUCCAUUCUUGUGUUGUCUAACUUGUGGGAUCCUUUGCCCAACAUUUCAAGAACAGAAGGGGAGGGAUUAUCCGGCAAUCUAGCUGUCUCCAAUGAGGAGUUUAAUUUCUACGAGGGCACUGUUCCACCUGAAAUCACCGCUCUUCCGAGCUUGAGGAUGCUGUGGGUGCCUCGGGCAACUCUUGAUGGUUCUUUGCCUACUAAUUGGAGCAGCUGUAACAGCUUGGAGAUGGUGAAUUUGGCUCAAAAUUAUUACACUGGAGAGAUUACUGACGGAUUUAGCAACUGCAAGAACCUCCAUUUUCUUGACUUGAGUGGGAAUAGGCUGACUGGGAAACUUGCUGAGAAACUUCCAGUUCCUUGCUGGAGUGUAUUUGAUGUCAGCAGGAAUUCCUUAUCUGGCCCUAUUCCAAAGUUCUACAACAUUAGUUGUGCAAAUGUUCCUUCUCUGGACCGGGGCACCACAGAGCCAGCAUCUGCAUACUUGUCUUUUUUUGAUGAGAGAAGCCAAGCUGAAUUUCCUUUUGAGUUGUUUGUUGAUAAUGGCGGAUCUUCUGUACUUCACAAUUUCGGCAACAACAACUUCACAGGUACUUUGGAAUCAAUGCCUAUUGCACCCGAUAGAUUGCAAGGGAAUACUAUUUAUGCAUUUUUGGCUGGUAAUAACAAGCUUUCUGGGCAAUUUCCAUGGAGUUUGUUUGAGAUAUGUGGUUCACUGAGUGGUAUGAUUGUAAAUGUUAGCAAUAAUGGUUUUGUGGGUCAAAUUCCUGCUGAUUUUGGCACAGCCUGCCGGUCUCUGAGACUCUUGGAUGCCUCUGGGAAUCAGAUUGGUGGGAUAAUUCCUUCCAGUAUCGGAAUACUAGCUUCAGCAGUCUGCCUUAAUCUGAGCUGGAACUUUCUUCAAGGUCCCAUUCCAAACAGUCUGGGUCAGUUAAAGAAUCUAAAGUUUCUUUCCCUUGCUGGCAAUAACUUGACUGGUCCGAUACCUACAAGUUUGGGGCAGUUGCAGUACCUGCAAGUGUUUGAACUGUCAUCAAAUUCUCUCACUGGGGAGAUUCCCAAGGACCUCGCAUAUUUGAGGAAUUUAACUGUUCUUCUUCUGAACAACAACAAACUAUCUGGACAGAUCCCUCCUGAAUUAGCCAAUGUGACUACUCUUUCAUUAUUUAAUGUGUCCUUUAAUAACCUGUCGGGACCACUGCCUGGGAAUGAAAACUUGAUGAAGUGUAGCAGUGUCAUUGGAAACCCUCUCCUUCAUUCCUGCCAUAUGUUUUCUUUAACAGCUCCAUCUGCCGAUCAGCAAGGAAGAGUUGGGGAUCCACAAAGUUAUGCUGCUUCUCCAUCAGGAACUCCUGUUCAGAGAAGUAGCAAUAAUGGUUUCAACUCAAUUGAGAUAGCAUCUGUAGCUUCUGCUGCAGCCAUUGUGGCAGUUCUCAUUGCUCUGAUCAUCCUUUUCUUCUACACGAGAAAAUAUAAUCCGAGGUCUAGAGUUGGGGGAUCUACCAGGAAAGAAGUUACAGUCUUUACUGACAUUGGAGUUCCAUUGACAUUUGAGAAUGUGGUGCGAGCUACUGCAAACUUCAAUGCUAGUAAUUGCAUUGGAAAUGGAGGUUUUGGAGCAACUUACAAGGCUGAGAUCGCCCCAGGAGUCUUAGUGGCCAUUAAGAAGCUUGCAGUGGGCCGUUUCCAAGGUGUUCAACAGUUUGAUGCAGAAAUUAAAACACUAGGGAGACUCCGCCAUCCCAAUCUGGUGACUUUGAUAGGAUAUCAUGCCAGCGAAUUUGAGAUGUUUCUAAUUUACAAUUAUCUGCCUGGUGGAAAUUUGGAAAAGUUUAUUCAAGAAAGAUCUACAAGGGCUGUGGAUUGGAGGGUGUUGCACAAGAUUGCUCUGGACAUAGCCCGCGCACUUGCUUACCUUCAUGAUCAGUGUGUCCCGCGUGUCCUGCAUCGCGAUGUGAAGCCCAGUAACAUCUUGUUGGACGAGGAGUACAAUGCAUAUUUGUCAGAUUUUGGAUUGGCACGGCUGUUGGGAACUUCAGAGACCCAUGCCACAACAGGUGUGGCCGGAACCUUUGGAUAUGUUGCGCCAGAGUACGCAAUGACUUGUCGGGUGUCUGACAAGGCUGAUGUCUACAGUUAUGGUGUCGUGUUGCUGGAGCUAAUUUCGGACAAGAAAGCACUUGACCCCUCGUUUUCUUCUUAUGGUAAUGGUUUCAACAUUGUGGCUUGGGCAUGCAUGCUUUUGAGGCAGGGCCGUGCAAAGGAGUUCUUCACUGCUGGGUUAUGGGACGCCGGUCCUCACGACGAUUUAGUUGAAGUCUUACACUUGGCAGUUGUGUGCACGGUGGACUCCCUUUCCACCAGACCCACAAUGAAGCAAGUUGUAAAACGGCUGAAGCAACUGCAGCCACCUUCUUGUUAGCUAUAGGAGUUGAUGGACAUAUAAUGAUUCAUAGUGAGAGGUGAGCGAUUUGUAAUUGGUGGUCUUUGGCACUGUAGAUCUGCGACAAGGUUCAGAUUUUAAAUGUUAGGCACUUGUAAAUUGUAGUAUAGCUUCUGCCCCCAUUUUUCGAUAUCAAUGUUGCUGGUCGGGGGUUUCACUGAUGAUGGAUCUGCAGAAGAGUGCAGAUAUUUGUUUCUAAGAUUGUAUACAUAUAUCUGAUUUCUGUUUUUCCCCGUGAAAUAAGAUCCAACCAAAAAUUGAAUCAUUCUGCAUCUAUUGUAAUAUGCCCACUCAGCUUUACAUGACCUGCAAAUAUCUGUUCAUGUGGAUGAAUGAUGAUGUUCUCGUUUUGAUUUUCGUUUUU